AAAUCCUAAAUUUCAUUGUAUCUUUGUUGAAGGAAAUAGAUAUGCAUGGUAUUAUUUACAGCCAUAACUCAAGCCAUUCGUAAGAUAGGAGAUUAUUUUCUUCAUUUUCAGGUUGAUGAUACAGAACAUCUAGUGAAUAAAUAUUUCGUAUAUGGUUUUUCACAAAAAGACAUUCUAGCUUAUCUCAAGUUUCUCCAUAAUAAAUGUAUAUCUGCAAGAACUCUCAAACGGAUUCUGAGCAGAUUAAAAUUAUACAGAAGAAAGAAUUAUUCAAGAAUUGAAAAUGUGGUAAACUUUCUUCGACAAGAAAUUACGAAAUCUGGCCAGCUGCAAGGAUACAGAUGGAUGCAUCUAAGAUGCAUUCAAAAUAAUUUAGUGGUUACACAAGAUAUCGUGAGAGAACUACUUUGGCUACUAGACCCUGAAGGAGUUGAAACUCGCAAGCGGAAGAGGUUGAGGCGUCGGCAGUACUUCAACAAGGGGCCAAACUAUCUAUGGCACGUGGACUCUUAUGAAUUAUUGAAGCCGUUUGGCAUCUGCAUAAAUGGUUGCAUAGAUGGAUUUUCAAGCCACAUUAUUUGGCUUCGAGCUGGUAUAACGUCAAGUGAUCCAAAGGUUAUUGGUGGCUACUUUUUAGACGGAAUUAAAAUGAUUGGCGGAUGCCCUGAAACAUUGAGGUGUGAUAUGGGGACAGAGAACACAUGUAUUGAAAAAAUACAGAAAUCAUUACAUGAAUUGUUUGGCACAAGAUCUUCAAAGCCGUGUUUUAUUUAUGGCAAGAGCGUACAUAAUCAACGAAUCGAGGCAUGGUGGUCCAUUCUACGGAAACAUAAUGCGCAAUUCUGGAUGAAUUUAUUUCAUCAGUUGAAAGAUGACGGACAUUUUUGUGGGACAUAUCUAGACAAAUGUCUCAUCCAGUUUUGUUUCAUGGAACUCAUUCAGGACGAGAUGGAUCAAAUUGCCCAGGAAUGGAAUGUUCAUAAAAUACAGAAAUCGAGGAACUCAAAUAUGCCCAUUGGAAGACCUUCAAUAAUGUUCGAUAUGCCGUCAUAUAAAGCGAGGAGUUACCUUAUCCAUAUUCCAAAUUUUGCCUCAGAUGCUCUAACAGAUAACUGCGUAUCCAGCAAAAAUACAUGUGAUGAUGACAUCUAUGGUUUGUGCAGGAUAUUAAUAGCAGAAAAUCGAUAUUCUCUACCAAGAAAUCCCAAUGCAGCUAUUCAAUUAUAUAAAAGUUUGAGAGAUGAAAUUUUUACAUUAUUGGACUAAUUGAAGUGAUGAAAUU